AUGAUUUUCUUGUCAUCUUCAAUCAUAAAACAAAUAAAUCAUACGAUUAUAUUACAAUCUAAUCGAUUUAUUUCAAUUGGUGAUCGAAUUUGUCUUAUUAAAAAAAUUACAGCUCAAGAUGUGAAUGAUUUUGCAAAACUUACUGGUGAUAUUAAUCCAAUUCAUUUAGAUUCGAAUUAUGCUAAACAAACACGUUAUGGAAAAUGUAUUGUACAUGGAACAUUUAUUCAAGGUCUACUUUCUUGUUUGCUUGGUGUACAUUUCCCUGGGACCGGAUGUGUUUUACAUGCAAUAAAUUGUAAAUUCCCAGAACCAUUAUUUGUGGAUGAAACAUGUCGAAUAGAAGCUGUAGUAUCUAAAUUACGUGGAAGACUAGCUACGUUCGAUGUAAAUGCUUAUGCUUACGAAAGAAAUGCGAAUGUUCUCGUUGGUUAUUUCGAUAUAUUUCUAACACGUGAACAACUUUCUUUAAAGCCACCAGUUGAUAAUCAAAUUGUCUAUCAUAGUGAUUAA